AUGAGUCGUGAUAUAGGCUCAACAAACACUAUCGUUGACGUGGGAGGAUCUGAAAAUGGCAAGACCCAUCAGUUCAACGAGCAGACGAAUUAUGUUCCUAAGAGAGCCAUCAUCACAAUAUUCCUGGCAUGUGCAACCGUCGACUUGUUAGCACUGAUGGACCAGACCAUGUUAGCUACGAGUUUAUACAUUAUCGGCAAUGCCUUAGGCUCAACAGCUCAGGUAUCAUGGAUAGCCAGCGGAUAUUUCAUCACUUCAACAGUUGGACAGCUCAUGUAUGGAAGGCUAUCAGAUAUUUGGUCUCGCAAGGUAAUCCUCCUUUUGGGCCUUGCUAUCUUCUUUAUCGGAUCAUUGGCCUCUUCUUUAGCACAAUCAGUGCUGCAGCUCACCAUCUUUCGCGCUUUUACUGGUGUUGGAGGGGGUGGUCUCAUGACUGUCGCACAGUUGAUAGUUAGCGACGUAGUCCCUUUGAGAGAGAGGGGAAAGUAUCAAGGCAUUCUCGGCGCUGUGGUUGCGAUCGCCAAUGGUAUAGGGCCUGUCGUGGGAGGUGCACUUUCGUCAAGUUCAGAGGAUUCAUGGCGAUGGAUCUUUAGGAUGCAACUACCUUUGACCCUUCUGACGACCGUAUGUGUGCUUUUUUUUAUGCCUUUGAAAGGCGUGCAAGGAGACUGGAGACUAAAACUCAAGGCUGUGGAUUUUUUGGGCAUCUUCCUCGCCCUCGCUGGCAUGACAGUUGUUAUUCUGGGAUUGACGUGGGGAGGAAAGGAAUAUGCUUGGAACUCGACGCAAGUGAUAUCAACUUUGACGGUAGGUACAGCAGUGUGCAUCAUGUUUAUGCUGUGGCAGUGGAAGGGCCCCAAGUACCCAUUGAUACCACUGCACAUAUUUAGGUCAAAGAUCGUCAACGGCGCAUGUCUUACCAUGGCCAUCAACGGCUGGAACUUUGUCAUGCAAGUCUACUACAUACCAUCAUUCUACCAACUCGUCUACGGCUACUCGGCUACCAAAGCCGGAGCAAUGCUUUUGCCAAUCACACUGCUCCAAACCGCCAGCAGUACCUUCUCAGGUUUCAUAGUCCACUGGAUCGGUCGGUACCGUGAGUGUAUACUUUUCGGCUGGUUGUGUUGGGCUGUUGGUCUUGGCCUUAUGUCAACUCUUGAUGAGAAAACAGGUGUGGAUAAGCAGAUCGGUUAUUCUGUACUCAUUGGUAUUGGAGUGGGCAAUACACUGCAGCCUGCGCUCAUUGCUACGCAAGCUGGUGUUGAUAGGCGUGACAUGGCAGUUGUCACUUCGUUUCGCAAUUUCGUCAGAAAUCUGGGUGCAACACUAGGACUUGCAGUUUGUGGUACAGUCUUGAACAAUGUCCUUGCCGGUUCAAUGUCCUCCCUGAACCUGGGCAACCACGAAUCAAAGACCUUACUGGGAAACCCUCAAUCCUUUCUUGAUACAGUUCCAUUCAAUGAAGCAGAGAGAAUUCGAUCAGUUCUCAUUCCAGCCUAUAGACAAGGAUUCCGCAUAAUCUUCCUCAUGGGCGCGGGUGCAGCCAGUCUAGGAUUUAUCCUAGCAUUUAUUCUCAUGCCACAAGUCAAUCUUGGAAGAAAAGAUGACUCGAGACUGAAAGAAGAAGGUCGUAGAGCUUAUUAUGAGGAGAAAAAAGCCCAAGACAUGAGUUAG